GCUUCUCGAACCACGCGCGUCCCUCCCCCCAGCAGUAACCACCACCACCACCAUCACCGCAGCGCACCACCGCUUCCUCGGAGUCUGCGCGGACAGGAGGACACACGCACCACCAGCCAUGGGUGAGGAGAAGAAGAAGGAGAAGGACGGCGGCGACAAGAAGAAGGACGCCGGCGGCGACAAGGAGAAGGCGGCGGCGGCGCCGGGGCCUAUUGUUCUUAAGGUCGAGUUGCAUUGCGCCGGCUGCGCCAGCAAGGUCAAGAAGGCCAUCAAGCGCGCCUCCGGUGUGGAGUCGGUGACGACGGACACGGCGGGGAACAAGGUGGUGGUGACCGGCGCGGCGGACGCGGCGGAGCUCAAGGAGCGCGUCGAGGCGAGGACCAAGAAGCCCGUGCAGAUCGUCUCCGCCGGCGCCGGCCCGCCCAAGAAGGACAAGGAGAAGGACAAGGACAAGAAGGCUGACUCCGGCGACAAGAAGGCGGACAAGGAGAAAGGCGGCGGCGGCGAUAAGAAGGCCGAUAAGGAGAAGGGCGGCGGCGACAAGCCCAAGGAGGAGAAGAAACCCAAGGAGCCCAAAGAGGAGACGGUGACGCUUAAGAUCCGUCUGCACUGCGACGGAUGCAUCGACCGCAUCAAGCGCCGCAUCUCCAAGAUCAAAGGGGUGAAGGAUGUGGCGUUCGAUGCGGCCAAGGACCUGGUCAAGGUCACCGGCACCAUGGACGCCGCCGCGCUGCCUGGCUACCUCAAGGACAAGCUCAGCCGGCCCGUCGAGGUCGUCGCGCCAGGCAAGAAGGACGGCGGCGGCGGCGGCGACAAGAAGGACGGCGGCGGCGACAAGAAGGACAAGAAGGACGGCGGCGGGGGCGAGGAGAAGAAGGACAAGGACAAGUCGGCGGCCGCCGCCGCCGCCGCGUCCGUGGCACCGGCGCCCCUCGCCGACGCCGGCAUGUACCAGAUGCCACCGCAGUACGGCUUCAACCCGUACCACGGCCACCCCGGCGGCUACUACGGCGGCGCCCCGGCACCCCACCCCGCCGCCUUCUACCACCCCAACCCCGCCGCCGCCCAGUACCAGCCCUACCCGUACAACGUCCACGCGCCCCAGAUGUUCAGCGACGAGAACCCCAACGCCUGCUCCGUCAUGUGAACUCCGGCGACUCCUCCCGCCUCCGCGGCUCCCGCUCCACCACCCGCUGUAUCAAACCAUGAGAAAACCACGGCUUGGUCUUAGCGGUUCAGUUCGUCGUCUUCCUCCUCCUCAUUAGCCACCCUAGCGUAGCUUAGCUUUAGCCAUGUCGCUCCGAGGAUUACUAGUAUUUUAGACCUGUAAAUAACAGCAGUUGAGGCCGCAAUGCAACGAUCCAUCCAUGGACAAGCUGAUAAAAUUUUGUUGUUCCUGCUAAUCACCGCCAUUAUUGUAUCGGUAAUUCACCAUGAUUAAUCCAAGUGUGCUAUACCUCGGUGACGGGUAGCUGUCGCCGGUGAGGUCACCGACGUCGACAAGCAGCCAGCCACCACGAAGCCAUUUUCCAUUUCUUCUUCAGGAGAGUUCGAGACGGCGCUGCCGCUCGCCGUUAGCCACGGCGAGAUUAACAAAUAUUUUUCAUCUUUAAUCUGGAUGGUUAGGAAGUGCGGCUAAUGGCGUGCGAUGGGGACAUUGUGCUUGCUUUCAACCUAGUUACGGUGUCGCAUUAGGCCAGUCUCAAAGAUAUCAUAUACAUUAAUGAU